AGUAUGUAAAAUGGCAAGUAACGGACAUUCGUCAUAGGGAUCACAUUGAUGAAUAAGUGAAAACGUUAGCGUGAUAAAUUACACUAUUGUAGCAUCAUAAUGGGAUAUUUUCGAUUUUUUUUCUUUUUCGUAGCACACGAUGCACAUCGAAUUAAGAUCUCUAUUUCAAAAGCAAUUGUCCCGUUGGAAUUGAUAUCGGUGCGUGCGCAGCUCUAUCGCAUUCGUAAUAUUCCAAGCAUUAGCAAAAUAAAGAAUUUAUUUACCGAAGUAUUCUCUUUCGAUAAUCGCGCAGAACGAGAGACGUUUAUUUCUGCCGAGAUUGUGCGUCGGUAUAGAGCGCGCGAUAUGCCGUUCUAACGCUGCAACGCACGUUGUCGUCGAGAGCACGUGGACGACAGAGCGCGUUCGAAUUUCGCGGCGGUUACGAAGGGGUGGGUCACGUGAGGGACCGAGCCGGCCGAGGGCGCGAGUAGUCGAGCCGAGGUUAAAUAGCGGGUAGCAGCGCGCGGGGAACCUCUUUCACUCGCAACAACGCGCCGCGUUGCGUCGCGCUCGCUCCGCCUCGAUCAUUACACGGUGUGCGUGUAGGAAUCUCCGUUCGCGUCUUUUCCUCCCUUUCGGUCCGUCUCUCCCCGUUGUCGUCCCGUCGAAUCCCUCGCACGCCAACGAGAAUAUUGUUUGCACAGCGAUAUACACGAAAGAGCGCGCGUAAACGCGGUGACGAGACAUUCCUUUGGAAGGAGGCACGUGUGAGAGAGAGAGAGAGAGAGAACGAUCGGCCAGGCAGCAGCGAGUGGACGCGCGAACAAGCUUCGAGAAGUAUUACGGCAAGCACGACAACGGCGGCGACGAGCCCGAAACGCAGGAAAAUGCCGGAGACCGCGCACCACAUGAACGGCUACGCGAAUGGUCACACGCCGCCCGAGCUGCAACAGGGCACCACUUUUCUCUUCACCUCGGAGUCGGUCGGCGAGGGACAUCCAGACAAAAUGUGCGAUCAAAUAAGUGAUGCUAUCCUGGAUGCACAUUUGAAACAAGAUCCUGAUGCUAAAGUAGCAUGUGAAACCGUCACAAAAACUGGAAUGAUACUAUUAUGCGGGGAAAUUACGUCCAAGGCUGUGGUGGACUACCAGAAAAUUGUUCGAGAUACGGUGAAUCACAUCGGCUAUGAUGACUCUUCAAAAGGAUUCGAUUGGCGUACGUUGAACCUUUUGGUGGCGAUCGAACAACAAUCCCCAAAUAUCGCUGAUGGUGUUCAUACGGACAGGGAAGAGAUGGACGUGGGUGCAGGUGAUCAGGGUUUAAUGUUUGGCUAUGCCACCGAUGAAACCGACGAAUGUAUGCCAUUGACGGUUGUACUUGCACACAAAUUGAAUCAAAAAAUCGCUGAACUAAGACGAAGCGGAGAACUAUGGUGGGCUCGUCCGGAUUCCAAGACACAGUUAACUUGCGAAUAUAUCAUGGACCAUGGAGCUUGCGUGCCCAUAAGAGUUCACACUGUGGUGGUGUCGCUACAACACAGCGAAAAGAUCGGUUUGGACGAGCUACGUAAGGCGGUCAUGGAGAAGGUUAUCAAAGAAGUUAUACCAGCGAGAUACUUGGACGACAGAACGAUCUUUCAUGUGAAUCCUUGCGGACUUUUUAUUAUUGGUGGACCACAGAGCGACGCUGGUCUCACCGGACGAAAGAUCAUCGUAGAUACGUAUGGUGGUUGGGGUGCACACGGUGGUGGCGCAUUCUCCGGUAAAGAUUUUACAAAGGUAGACAGAUCAGCCGCAUACGCCGCAAGAUGGGUUGCCAAGUCUUUGGUGAAAGCCGACCUGUGCAGGCGCUGUCUUGUACAGGUUUCCUAUGCUAUUGGAGUGGCGGAACCCUUGUCAAUCACAGUCUUUGAUUAUGGUACAUCCACGCGCUCUCAGAAUGAGCUCUUAGAUAUAGUGAACAAAAAUUUUGAUCUGCGACCCGGAAAGAUCGUCAAGGAGCUGAAUCUCCGCAAUCCCAUUUAUCAACAAACCAGUACAUAUGGUCAUUUUGGACGAGAUGGGUUCACAUGGGAACAACCAAAGAAGCUGAUCCUCGAUUGAUGAGAGAGCGAGUUUUAAGUUGGUCUCGACGUUUCGCGGCUUUCAAACGUCCGACAAAAAAUGUCUCUCUUUUUCUCACAGUAAACGUGUUAUCUCGUGAAAUA